UCGUUGUCUCGCCUUUCGUCUCCUCCCGAUGGCCAAGACGCGGCAGGGGAAGCGAACCCUCGAUUCCUACACGAUCAAAGGGACCAACAAAUCGAUCAAGCCCGGCGACUGUGUGCUGAUGCGGGCGCCGGACUCGUCGAAUCCGCCGUACGUGGCGAGGGUGGAGGGCAUCGAGGCGGGCGCGCGGGGCGGGGUGAAGGUGAGGGUGAGGUGGUAUUAUCGGCCGGAGGAGUCCAUCGGUGGGCGGCGUCAGUUCCACGGCGCCAAGGAGGUGUUUUUGUCGGACCACUACGACGUGCAGAGCGCCGACACCAUCGAGGGCAAGUGCUUCGUGCACAGCUUCAAGAACUAUACCAGGCUCGAUGCUGUUGGGAACGAUGACUUCUUCUGUCGGUUCGAGUAUAGGUCCGCCACUGGGAGCUUUGUCCCAGAUAGAAUCGCAGUGUUCUGCAAGUGUGAGAUGCCUUACAACCCCGAUGACCUUAUGAUUCAGUGUGAGGGCUGCUAUGAUUGGUACCAUCCUACCUGCAUAGAUAUGGCUGUUGAGGAUGCUAAGAAAAUUGAGCACUUCUUUUGUCAGAGCUGCACAACUGAAAAUGGGAAGGAGACAGAAAAAUCCCAUAAUGGUUCAAAGCAAUCAGAUAUGAAGGUGGAUCCCAAACGACGACGCAGAUGAUGUGUCAGACUCAAGUUCCUUCAGAAGAUUGUAGAGUAGUAUGCAUGUUUAAGGUUGGUGACUGAUGCUUUUACUAGUGUUUGCGUUGUAUAGUACUUCGCAUGGUCGGUUUCAUGUACAUAUAUCGUGGUAUAUGUUUCUUACAGUCAAAUGCCUAGUGGGGAACCAUUAAGUGUCAUCUGAUCUGAGUGAUUAUUCAGGUUUGCAUCAUAGAAUAUGUAUUGUAGAAUCUGCAGUAAAUUCCCCAUUUUGAGCAAUAAUAAUAGUUCACUAGUUGUCGCUCUAUCA